CUGCCGGCCCGAUGUCAAAUAGCAUGAGCAUCACAGUCUCUCGACGGGUGAGUAUGAUUGGAGCGAACCGAGCUGCCAAUCUCAUCUAUGGAGGAGCAGCACCGUCAGUCGCUGUAGGCAAACACGCCUCAGUGCCAGAAGAAGAUCUACAACCAGAUGAAUCUGCAAGAGUGGCUACAGUAAUCAAGCAAUCAAAUGAAGCCGCGGUUGGCGAGAACAACGAAACAGCAUCUACAUCUGCAACCGCAGACUCAGCAUCAAAAGCAAACACGUCGAUUGCGUCAGGAUCUCAUUCUGUUGGUGUCGAUCAAAAAAUAGAAUCACAAGAAGGACUAGGAUCUUUGAGGAGCACGAUGACGGUGCACAGCAUCAACUUGAACCAAGAACAGCUGUUUUCCCAUGGCGAUAUCGAAUUCGUGUCCGAGUUGUGCCAAGGCCCGAUGACCCUUGGGAUUCACGUGUCGAGUUUGGCGCGUAAACUCGAGAGGCGGGAGUUGCAGAAUAGUGCUAUUUUAUGA